UCUUCCUUCUGUUGUGCGAACGUGCAGAAGAAGCCAACAGCCCUUCAGCUUUACCUUUUUGUUUGUUAGCAGCUGAGUGCCAGAAUAAUUCCUCUUUGUGGCCAGCAUUCUUCUGGGCCCACACAGGCCUACUCAGAAAAUAGCUCGUUAAAAGGACCUCUGAAAAUCCUUGCUGAGAAGGGGAAAAUACAACCUCUUCUUCAGUUUUAUCACAUGCAUUUCUUCACUGUUUUUCAUUUUUUUGUUUACUUCCGAACUGUGCUCUACAUGCUACGGACAGCAGCCUGGGGAAAAAGACAGCUGAGUUAUCUGCUCACUGAGUUUUAUUAGCAGAGGACAGGUCACUUCUCAAGAAUCUGGAACCAAACCACUGACCUUCACAUUCAUACCAUCCAUUGGAAGACUUCCAACGCAUGUUGAGGUUGUAGAUAUCUCCAAGUUCCUUGUGACAAUUCCAGAGGAGCCAGAAGAUCUGAGCAAUCAAGAAAUUAUAAAUAAGUCUAACAGAGUCUCUGAGGAGCUGGCCUUAAAGACCGGGGCCAGACAAGGCUGUGUGUCUGCCGUCUGUACAGACAGCACCUGUACAGCUUUCCAGUCCUCGAGGUGUAACUUGAGCAAAGGAGAAAUGCAGGAGAAUGACCUUUUUAAGGCUGAGUUUAUCCUGAUUACGGACUCCGGUGAUGAAGAUGAAGUAGCUGCUGCCUCGAACAGCGUUCAUCGACCUUCCAAUGGCUAUGGUCCCGUCAGUGCUCAGCUGCUGGCCACGUCCCAUUUUUCCCCUGGCCCUGGGGCAGGGAAACCUCCUGGCAACGGACACGUUCCAGGUGCUGUGCUUUCCCACAGCACUGCUGAUCUGCAAAAACAUCAGUUAAUUUCUACUCUUUCCACCUCUGAUCAUCUUUCCUCUAAACCACCUGCUGUCCACUUAACUUCUCCAACUAAUCAGAGAGUAGUGUGUGGUACCAUGGGUAACCUGAAUCAAGCCUCUUCGCUGGAAGACUCCUGUAACAACUGGCAGUCAGCAACUGGGUCUUCUAAGCAAGAUUCAUCUCUCUACUUUCAGGGUUCUUCCCAUAGUUCAUCCCCCUCCAUGUCUAAAAUAUCCUCUUCUGUAUCAGGCAGUUGUUACUCCACUCCUCGACUGUAUGAUAUCCUGCGAACACCAAGUCUCUAUACCCCUGGCUGUGUUUGCAAAAUGGGAGACUUUGCCACACCCUCUGUUCCAGCAAAGAGUUCAGGUCUUUUCCCUGAUCCUCCGAAUUCAUCUGAAAUUCAAGGAUUGUCAUCGCAGCCCUUAUCCUCCAGUUCUUCCAAAAGAUCGAAAGCUUUAUCUCCUGUCCCUGUUCGUAUAAUAACUCAUUCAUUGUCUCCUAGUCCUAAACCUUUGUCUCCACCCUCUCUUUACGGCUCCUCUUCGACCAUAUGCAGUACAAAUGAGCCGUGUAUGCAAAUGUCAUCCAAAGGAAAUUUAGCAAAGUCAGGAGUUAGAUCCCCUCUGCCAACCAGACUGACCCUCUUAACUGCUGUUUUGAGAUCAGGCUCUUCUCAUCAGAGACCUCUUUCCCCUGCUUCUUGUCCCACAUUUUCUCCCAGCUCCCUUGGUUCCUCAACGCUGGUUUUAGAUCAAAAGUCCCAAACAACUCCCACAACGCCCAAGAAAUCUGUUUCAAACCCUUCUAUAAGGCCAAGUUCUCCCAGCACAGAGGAAAACUGGCUUUCAGUAUGGGCUCAGCACCUGCUUUUACCCUUCAAGUCUCAUCCCACUCCUGGAGUGAGACCCCUUUCUCCUAAAGAGCACCUUCCAGUCAGAACGCUUUCUCCAAAUUCUCAAAGUCCUCUGUCAUUGCCCACCUCCUCCCAUGGAAAAUCAGUUGCCUCUCCAGGUUUGCAGCCUACGCUGACUCCUCCUUGUGCCUCAGCAUCCUUUUCCCUUGCACAUCCUACCUCUCCUUCUCCAGAAAGGCUGCAGUAUGCUGCCACCACGUCCUGGGCACCUCAAAAGUCUCAGAGAGUACACACUUACUCACCCAUCUUUACCUGCCGGUCAUAUCCUUUGCUUUCUCCUACCAGUCUUAGUGGCGCAUUCUCUCCCACCCUAGAAAAACACUCAUCUCCUUCCCCAAGCCUUUUGCAUUCAAUUUCUAGGUUUAAAUCAGAUUCAUCCCAAACAUCUGUUCAGGAGAUGAGGCACUCAUCUCCUACCCCUCUGAGUGUCUCAAAGCAGCGAUUUCCUUCACGGCCUCAUUCUACUCCACCAGUUCCACAAACCAAUAAUAUUAAUUGCCAUCCACUACAGCCUAAUUCUUCAUCAGUGCACAGAAAUUCUAGGUCUAAUUCCUCCUUUCCAAGACCUGAGCAAUUUGAUAUCUCACCCGUGCUAAAGUGCAGAUCUCCUGUCUCAGACAAGUUACGGGGCACACUGCCAUCAAGACCCAGAGAGCUGACUUCACCACAAUCUUUUUCCCUGCCUCCUGACCAUGAAAACAUCAAACCCAAGCAGUACAAGAUCAAGACAAGCUACAAGGCAUUUGCAGCAAUCCCUACAAACACAUUACUUAUGGAACAGAAGGCAUUAGAAGAGCCAGCCCAAACUGCUGGUAUGACUGAAGGCACCGCUUUGGACACCCAUUCAGAGAUGUGCUCCCCUGCCCAGCUCAGACAACAAACGGAAGAGCUGUGUGCUGUCAUUGAUCAAGUCCUACAGGACCCACUGACUAUGCGCCGAUGUGAAUCUUCUCCGAGUUUCCUGCAGAUGAGCACAGAGUCAGAUGUUGGCAAGGUAUCAACAACGCAGCAGAGAACAGUUGGGCGUGAAACCAGAUAUGCCAGCCUUUACAAAUCGACACCUAUGAUGACAGAGAGUCAGCUGACAAAACCUGGUGUCAUUCGUCCUGUGCUGGUGAAAGGAAAGAGUACACAGCAAAAGGAGGAACCCUAUCAACCCAAUCCUUUUAAAAAGUACCUUGAAGAAAUCUGUGAUCAAGAUAUUGAGCAGCUCAGUCAUCCCAUAGUGCCGAUUCCGGAAAACGAAGCACUCAGCUCUAAGGAGGUUGCCAAUGAAAGAGGUUCUGUUUAGCUAUGAUGCCCUGAACUAGGAUCAAGAGCUAGAACCGUAGAGUAUUUUGAGGCCUGUUUCCAUAGAGAAGGAAUCUACGGCACAGAUGUUAUUUGAAACAAACGAAAAAAAAUUGCUUCCAGUAUGCUAAUUGCAAAGCUGUAAUCACAAUCAAAUACUCUUUCAAGGGAUAAUCUUAUGUACUAGCAUAAUUAACCCCCGAGAUACACACAUGAAUGUGCCAUAUUGAAAAAUCAUUUCUUGAAGUGCUUGCUGGUUUAAGAGAUGCCCAAUAUAACACAGCGUAUUUUCUUUAGAAUUAAUAUAAACAUUGAAAUUAAAUAAAGCUGUAUUUUUGUUGCAAAG